GCGCGGAAGCGGAAAACUCAAAUAAUAAUAAUAAGGUUUGUCUUCAAGUGGAAACUCGAAUAACAAAGUAAAAAUAAAUAAAUCUAGAUCUAGAACCAGCGGUCAUAGAUAGUCACUAAUUUUUCAUAACAUUCUGUGAGAAUGACAAGACUGGAACCUCUGGAGAAGAGGUUUGCUCAUUUUCUAGAGUUGGCGGAAGAAUACAAGGAAUUGAGAAUACUAGAAAAAACCUAUUUUGAAGAUGAAGCAAUCAAGUUGGAAAAGAAACUCAAAUCAUCUGCUCACUCUGUCCAAGAUGAGGAACUUCUUGCAUCCCAAGUGUCCAACUUGGACAAACGGGAAGGCAUGCUUAACAAAGAGAUUGCCCAGCGAGAACAGAUUCUCAAGGAAAUGUCCAAAGAGCUUGAGGUGUUGAAACAAGAGGAGAAAGAAAAUACUCCACUACCUAAGGAAAGGUAUCUAGUGAAUCUGUACAGAGACAUCUCAAGGGUCAAGUAUCAUGCCAACCCUGGUCCCAACGAACUCAAAGGCUUUAUCUGCACAGAGUCGGGUCAGGUGAAGACGUUUUGUUUCGACAAAUUAAAACAGUCUGAGUUUUUCAUCGCCAACAGCCUGUGGGCAAUGGGAGAUGAGGAAAACUGGUGAUUGAAAAGUUUUGAAUGUACAAAUCUGUUUAUGUAGCAUUCUCAAUGUCUGGUCUUGUAGAUUGUUUUUAAAUAUUGGAAGUCCGGGAGUUCUAUCUUGCAACUGUUAAUGCCUUGCUCUAAACUGCCUUACUUCACGUGUUAUUUAUGUUCUAUACCAGCCAAAUUGCCUUUAUAAGUACACAAAGCCUUUUGCUCUUAACCCUUAAAACGCGUGUGGUAGUUUAGCCUCUAAACAUCAGAAUUGUAAUUCCAUUUUGUAUGCACUCAGUGUAAACCAGCUCAGCACUUUAAGGGUUAAGGAUCUGUUGAUUUUAUUUACACUCUAAAUUUAGACUGUUGUGGUUUUAUUUUUACAAAUUCUUACUGCUUAUUGUCAGUUACUUCCCCUGACUAAAGUCUUGGAAUUUUAUUUCUAAAAAAUUAUGUUAUUUAUUUAAUUUUUUUUUUCAAGUAUCUGAUUUUUUGUGUUUAAUUAAGCUGUGUGUCUCAUGCUCUUAAGACUGUAGACAAAUACAAGGUUAAGACUUAUCUGGGAAGCAUUAUUGAAAUAUUUGAUAUUCUAAGUAUGUAUAGUGUCAUCUAAUGUUAACUAGUCAUUGGCUAGGUAAUAUAUGAGAAGUGAAUGUUAGCCACUCAUGGUCCAAUCUCAACUAUAUAGUCAGUGGCAUAGCAAGGUUAUAUACAGCCUGGUUCUGACCUGAUGUUGGUGUCUCCAAAAUAGUAAUAGUUUGUUGUUUUUUUUUCUACAUCUAUUUGCCUUUUUUUGACUUUAUCAAGCUCUGGGCACAAACUUUUUAUACUGGUACCAACAAUUCUUUUAGUCGAGGGUCGGAACUUAAAUUUUGAGAGCGCAACCUUGGAAGGAAAGUCAUUUUCCAGGCGUCUCCUAUUUGUGUUCAGUCUAGUGCUCAAAAGUUUAUGUUGGUCAUAAACGUGAAUGAUUUGAUGCCAGCGUCAGGUAGACCUCUUGUUGUAUUUGCCAGUUUAAAAAAGUUAUAAAUAAUUUUUGUGAAAUUUUUUUUUUCUUUAUACUCUCUUUCCCUUGCACUUCUUCACUUUUUGUCGGUGGUUGAGUGGUUAAGCGCUUGGCUUCCAAAACUGGGGUUCUGGGUUCGAAUCCUGGUGAAGACUGGGAUUUUGAAAUUUGUGAUUUUUCAGGGCGCUCCUGAGUCCACCCAGCUCUAAUAGGUACCUAACUUUAAAUGUGGAAAGUAAAGGCAGUUUGUUGUUGUUUUGGCCACAUGACACCCUGCUCGUUAACUGUUGGCAGAAGAAACAGAUGACCUUAAAAUCAUCUGCCCUGUAGAUGACAAGGUCUGAAAGGGAAACUUUACUUUUAAAACUUUUUUUAAAACUUUGUGCAAAGAUUAUGGACUGACAUUAAGUACCAAGAAGAACAAUGUAUAGUGAGGCCACUCAACACCCUCAACCAUAUAUAUAGAGGAAUCCCUGCAUGAUGUUGGGCAUGCUUCCUGGGCUCCACAAUCCAAGACAACCUGACGCUUGCAGAGGAGAUCUAAAAGUGAUUUAGAAGGGCUGCUUCGAACUUUGGUAGACUAAGCUUGCGUGUCUUUAAAACAUGGAAAUAAAAGCAAGUAAGUUGUCCUGAAGACUUCAAGAGAUGAAAAUGUCAGAUCUAACACAAGACGAGGUGGGCAGUAACCUUGACCCUUCUUACCCUUGACAUUGUUUCCCUAUUUUUUGACAGUUUAUGAGAGAAAAAUGCUUUCUUAUAAAACUUGCUGAGGAACUGAAUUAUUUCUUAUCUUAUAAAUUACUCAUGUUCCUUCAAACAGAGGAUAAAUAUGUCCUGCAUGUAAAUCUAUUUGUAGAUGUUUUUACCUUGGCAAUGUAAUUGUGUUUGUCAUUAACAGAAAAUUGCUUUUUAAGUAGCUGGUCAAGGCCUCUUCUUCUUCUUCUAGCCAGCUUUACUGCUGCUGAGCUGUGAGCUCUUUUGCACACUGUGCCAAGGAAAAAUAGUGUGCUGUUUUCUUCAGUUGUUCAGCACUGCCGUACAGGGUGUUGGUUAUGUUGAGCUGUAGUGGAAGUAAGGUGGAUUAGGAAGGGGCAUUCAAAGAGGAUAUGGUUCACGGUUUCAAAAGGGUGGGCACAGUGUCUGCAAAGGGGGAGUUGUGUGGAGUUGGUCAAGGCUUCCAUUGUCACUGUUAAGGAGGUGAAGUGUUUGAUAGUAAAUAGUAUUAUUGAGACAUAUGUGUGCGUUGACCAUUUUUCAUAGUUGUGUCCAUUGUCUGGUGGACUUGUUUUGUAGAACCUAUGUACUUCCUUGCUAUGCCACUGAGUAUAACAGUCUCUAACCACACAGAUGUUUUCAAUGUAUUAAUCUUUAAUUAAUUCUCCAUCAACAUGCUGCCUUCAGACUUUACCACAGAGCAGCGGGGGGGGGGCAGGUUCGAACCAGGGACCACAUGAGAAUCCAGAGCGCACACCAUAGGACUGAACAGCUUAGUUUCUGAAGUAUGGUAGCUUUCUAAUGUUUGAUGGGUAUCUGAAACUGUCCUUACUCAAAGUUGUCAAUAAGAUUGUGUUGAUUGUCGCAUUGGUGUGUAUGUAUCAAGCUUUUAAAAGUUCAACAGUUUUUAUCUCUGAAAACCAGUUCAUUCCAAAAUAUUUUGUUUUAAAGAUAUUAGAAUUUUGUUCUGGCAACUUUUCUUCCUGAUGCAUACAUAUAGUCAUGUAUAAUGUCAGCACUAGGGACCAAGUUUUUAAUGAGAGAAAAUAGUGAAUUAAAUAUAACAAAAAAUAGGGCAAUUCUGCCUAGUAUUAAGCAGUUCUAAGGGAACUAACCUCUAGACCAUAGAGAUGUCAAAAAACAUCUUUUUGAUCCAAGGCAUCUCGCAUGCCAACAAUUACCUCCCCAGUAGUUCAUUGUCACAUGACUUGCCUAAUUCUGCCCCCACCUCGUCACACUCGACUUCACUAACAAUUUGUAACAGCCGACACAGACUUCCUUUAGGCAUAUAUUAGACAAACAAUGGGUCUCUUACUUUUUUUUACAUCUCUCUCAAUAUAACAAGUGGAUAAUUCAAAGACAUGACUUAUAGAAGGCUCUAGUGUAUAGGAACUAUCAAGCCCAUAAUGUGAACACAAAAUAUUAGAAAUGUGAAGCUAAGUGAAUCAUGUAUACAUAUAUAUAUAUGGCUCCUGUCUCGGAAGGCAAGAUGAGUAACUGGCUUUGGUUUCGUUUUAAGACGGGGGCAGAAUCUCGAAUGACUGAUCAAGCCAAUUCUGGAGCGGCAGAGUCUGCCACAGUUCGUGCAUGUAUAUGCAUCUGUCCUAGGGCUAGCCGACAUGGCAGAUUUCUUUCUCUUGACUGAUGCAGCUUCGUUUCUUUUGCUCUCGGCGAAGUUCGUACCAGCAUGUAAAGUCUGUCUCCAUGCUGUCCGGUAUUAGGCUAUCUCCUCCCUUACACAUGACAUAUAUCUAGGCAGCACUAGGGACCAAAUUGUUAGUGUGAGAAGACAGUGAAUUAAAUAGGAGAAAGGAAAUAAGGGGCUGAGUUGACCCCCCGCUCCCCCGAUACAGCAACUCCGCCUAGCAGUAAGGUAAGCCUACUUAGGACUGCUCUACUAUUUUCCUCCUGCUUUCAAUCUUUAUUCACCAACAUUCAUUCUCGACAAAAGUUACUGGCCUUUUUAGUUAUUUUUAGUUGUUUUUUUUUUUGCAAUAUUACAUCAUUGUCUGAUUUCUAAGUGGCUCACUUCUUCUUGUGAUCUCAAGAUUAAAAACAAUGGAUGAUCUAGAAACUAAAUUCAAUGUACUUAUUCACUUGUGUAGAUACUUUGCAAUUUUUAUUUGUACAUUUUACUUGUAAGCUAUACCUGUAAAUAAAUCAUUUUAAUAGUA